AGGGGUGUACCUUCAGUGACAAAACGUCCUAUAGUGAGCUACAGUACAGAGCGUCUGAUCUGAAGCACGACAACAAUGUGGAUCCCAUCUGUGACGUUCCUUCUCUUCCUGGCUGUUACGAAGAUUUCAGCUGAAAAUUGCCCUAGCGGGUUCACACGUCAGGUUGAUUCCUGCUACAGUCUUAUACGCUUUACAGCCACAUGGGCGGAUGCGGCUGUGUACUGUCAGGCCAUAGGUUCCCAUCUUGCAUAUGUCGAAACAGCUGCUGAACAGACUUUUCUGGAAGGGUAUCUCAAGCGAGAAUCAUCAACUAUACAGUCCUCUGGAGUCUGGCUGGCUGGUUUGACCUACCUGACAGAAAACGAGUGGCAGUGGGGCUUUAAAGGCGGGCGCAUCGCCAAUACGUGGUGGUCUCCGGGAAACCCAAAUCAUGACGGGGACCAGUUUUGUCUCAUGUUGUAUAAACCUCAGGCAUUCAAGUGGGAUGAUGCUGAUUGCAGCUACCCACAUUACUUCCUGUGUGAGCUUGAGCUCAAAGAUGUACCUAACAUUACAGGAAAAUAACAUUUCUGUUCAGCUAAAGGGUACGUAACAAAUGUCUACUCAGCGGACACUACUGGACAUCGUCCUGGACACAGUAAAUAUGUGAAUGACUUAUUCCGUGUUUAGAAAAGGAAGACAUUCAUUAUUUGUGAACUGGUUAUCUUUUUCGCUAUGUUUUAUGUCGUUUUAGUUAGACAAUAAACCAGUCAUGAAAAGUA